AUGGAUCCCCCUCACGAUCGACUUGUUCAUGCCAUGAUGACUGAAUUAAAAUAUUUUUUAAAUCAUCCUCACUAUCGGUUAAAGAAUAAAAAAGUUCAUUCUGUUUAUUUUGGUGGAGGGACACCGAGUUUAGCAAAGCCAAAAGCAAUUGAAUCUCUGUUGAAUACCAUCGACAAGUAUGUAGGAUUAAGUAAAAAUAUAGAAAUAAGCAUGGAAGCAAACCCUACUUCUAUAGAACAAUUAAAGCUUAUUGAGUUUAAACAAGCAGGAAUCAAUAGAUUAUCAUUAGGCAUACAAUCAUUUUAUGAUCAAGAUUUAAAAAUAUUAGGUCGAGAUCAUUCAGGGAAAGAGGCGUUAAAAGCAUUAACAUUAGCAAAAGAUAUAUUUCAUAAAGAAAAAGUUUCCUUUGACAUGAUCUUUGCUCGACCUGGACAAACAGUACAAGGCUGGAAAAAGGAAUUAAAGCAAGCAUUAGAUAUUGCAGGAGAUCAUUUAUCUAUUUAUCAACUCACAUUAGAACGAAGUACACCACUUCAUAAACAGGUCUUAAAGGGACUUCUUCCUUCUAUACCUGAUUCAGAUACAGCUGCUGAUAUGUACGAAGAAACAAUCAAGUUAACAAAAGAAUAUGGUUAUUAUCAUUAUGAAGUAUCCAAUUUUGCUAGAAAUCAACAAGCAAUAAGUCGGCACAAUUUUUCAUAUUGGCAGGGAAUGGAUUUUCUAGGUAUAGGACCUGGUGCUCAUGGAAGAUUAACAAACUAUAAGGAUAAUAAUCGAGUCAGGACAUUUGGUGAAUUUCAUCCAAAUAAAUAUAUGGCGCUAUGUGAAGCAGAAGGCGAAGGAAUCCGUAAAGUUAUUCCUAUUUCAAUGAAUGAUAUGAUUGAGGAACUUAUUGUUUUUGGUAUGCGUACACGCAUGGGUAUUCCAAGAUCAAGAUUUUCGACAUUCAUUCAUGAUAGAGAGCUUGAUGAGGUUUUGGAUAAAGAAGCACUUGAUCUUUUUAUUCAAUUAAAUUUACUCAUUAAUGAAGAUAAUAUAAUGGAUAAAGAGAUGCCAAACUAUAUUCCAAAGGAACUUGUUAUAGAAUGGGCAGAUAAGGGAGGAAUCCGACCUACAGAACAAGGAUUAGAAAAGAUAGACUUUAUUCUACCAAGAUUAUUUAAAACAAAAUAA